AUGAUCAUCGAGCGAGACGUUCCCAUCUCUAUGGACGAUGGCCUCGUCCUCCGCGCAGACGUGUUUCGACCCGAUUCUGGUGCUCAUCCGGUGAUCAUGACACUCGGACCGUACGGAAAGGGCGUACCUUACCGUGUAGGCUUCAAGCCGCAGUGGGAUUGGCUGAUCUCGACGUAUCCGGACGUCUUACCGGGCUCUUCACGCGAGUACAUGAACUGGGAGACGGUCGAUCCAGAGAUCUGGGUCCCGUGGGGCUACAUCUGCAUCCGCGUCGACUCGAGAGGAGCAGGCCGCUCGCCAGGGUACCUUGACGUGUUCUCGCCGCGGGAAAUCAAGGACUACUACGAGGCGAUCGAGUGGGCGGGCACGCAGCCCUGGAGCAACGGCAAGGUCGGGCUCAGUGGCAUUUCCUACUACGCAAUCACGCAGUGGCUGGUCGCGUCCUUGCAGCCCCCGCACCUCACAGCCAUGAUCCCUUGGGAGGGUGCGGCGGACUGUUAUCGAGACAUUGCGCGGCACGGCGGGAUUCAAUCCAAUGCGUUUUUCGAAGCCUGGUAUCCCAGACAAGUCGUGUCCGUACAACAUGGAAAUCCGAAAGCGGUCCUGGAUCCCUGGAUGAACGAAAUCGCGAGCGGUCCGGAAUCUGACUUGCUCUCCGACGAGGAGUUGAAAAACAAUCGCUGUGACCCUGUCCAGGAUGUCCUUGCGCGACCUUUAGACAGUCAAUGGUACCGAUCUCGCUCGGCCGACUGGAGCAAGGUCACGGUGCCCUUCUUAAGCGCGGCGAGCUGGGCUGGAUUUGGCCUCCACCCGCGAGGCAACUUCGAGGCUUUCACGCAAGCGGCUUCGAAACAGAAGUGGCUCGAAUGUCAUCCGGGUAGGCACGAAGAGUGGUUCUACCUGAACGAGCCGAUGGCGAUGCAGAAGAGGUUCUUCGACCAUUUCCUCAAGGGGGUCGAUAACGGUUGGGACAGGGAGGCCCCUGUGCUCUUACAUCUACGACGGCCAUUCACUGACAAGUUCGAGCUUCGAAAGGAGCCAUCUUGGCCAUUGCCGAACACAAAGUGGACGAGGAUAUAUCUCGAGGCAAAUCAAUCUUCGUCACCUCUCCUGGCAUGGGAAAAGCCAUCGAAAUCUUCCAGUCUUAGUUACAUGGCAAUGGAGGAGAGCCUGACAUUUACCUCACCACCAUUGGAACACGACACGGAGAUCACAGGUCCAUUGGCCGCCAAGUUGUUUGCGUCUUCAUCCACGGAGGACAUGGAUCUGUUCGUGACCUUCCAGGCCUUUUCACCCGAGAACCGCGAGGUCGACUUCCAAGGCACAGUCGACCCUCACACUCCGCUUGCCCAAGGCUGGCUGCGAGCAUCUCAUCGGAAGCUGGACACAUCCAAGAGUCUUCCGUACAGACCAUACCACAGCCAUGAUGAGGUAUUGCCUCUGGAUCCGGGAAGGGUAUACGAGCUCGAUGUCGAGAUAUGGCCAACCAACAUUCUCCUCCCAAAGGGGUAUCGGCUGGCGCUACAGAUCAGCGGCAAGGAUUUUGAGCGCCCUCUACCACCAGACAAACCUAACGAGGCGUGGAUUUCCCGGGGCUCCGGGCCAUUCUUGCACACUCUUCCCGCUGAUAGGCCAAAUGAGGUUUUUGGUGGGUGGACCACCAUUUUCACUGGGGCAGAAUCUCCCUCGUUCCUUAUGCUUCCCAUCAUCCAGGCUUGA